CGCGCCAUUGCCGUCGGCCGUCGCCCCCAUCCGCUCCCCAUGUUCUUGGGAAUCACUUCGGUCUCGUGCACCAAGACAAGAUGUUUUUUUUUUCUUUCGCGCUAAUUGUCACAAAUUCUUCUAGUUGGGAAAAGGUUUCUGAGUGAAUUUUUGAUUCGACAAGAUCGGUUGCACACUCCGGCUUUGCAUUGCUGAAACUUGCGCUUCAGGUUUACUGAAAGAAAUUCACAAAAUUUUCUGGGAGCCACGCGUGUUCAUCCUUUUUUUUCCACGGUUGAGGAGGCAGGAGAUCAGCAUGUGUUUGUGUGGUGUCGGGAUGACUAAUGGGGAUCAACCCACAGGAAAUUUUCUCUGUCAAUUUCCUUGUGCGCAUUCCAAUCCUUUUGUCUACGGGGGAAAAAAAAUUACAAAACCUGUGGUCUGUGGAUUGCAAUUCUUUAGUCACCGUUUUGACUGCCUACAUGUGCUAGAUCCUUAAAAAAAUUGCCCUGUUGCAACCUGUUUUGCCAUUCAUUCAUGUGCUUGCUUGCCAAAUUAACGAGAUAAGAUUCCUCCCCUCACUGGUGCUUGUUCCCAUGGUCUCCCAACAUCGAGUCGCCAAUUAUUCCCACUGUCCCCUCACCACGAGAUGCUGCCCUUGUGCUCUGCAGGGAGAUCCAUCCAGCUCGGAGGAGGAGGAAGAGAUCUUGGCUUCUAGGCGUUGCGACCCAGAUCUUGAUGCAUCUGCUGUGGUAGUUUACUGAUCUAGAGGAGGAGUUGGGUUCUUGACCCGAUUUGGUGGGGGCUUUGCCACUGGGAUAGGGGGACAGUUAGGCCUGCUGGAUCUUUAUCACCAGUUGUUGGUCCUGUCCUUUCCGUUGCCUUGGUACUUUCUUGACGGAUUGGUUAAGUGCUGUCUGUGGGGUUGUUGUGCUCCUCCUUGCUUCUCAUGUGGUGGUGAU